AUGAGUUGCGAGUCGGAUGUGCUAUUCAAUGCUCCUUGGGGUCACGAGGUGACUAAGGAGAAGCCUUUGGAAUUCGUGCAGGAGGGUUUUGAUAUACAGAUUGUGCAGUUGACUUUGUUGGAGGGCAAGGACUGCACAGUGUACUUGGAGGACACGGUACGUGACAUUUGCAUCGGUCGGUUGGUAUACCCCUAUGCAGUGAAUAUCCAAUCGGAGAUGGUGUGUGUGGACUCCUUUAAGAUGAAGUUGGUGACGAGCGACGAGAGUUGUAAGGUUGCCGUGCUCGGUAUGUGUAGUCUCCCCGAGGGUGACAGCGAAGACGAGUGCAUGGACGACGAGUGCAUGGAAGCUUGUUGCAACAGCGACCUGGACGAAGUCUCUACUGACGAGGAAAUGGCUGACGGAGCACCCUCCAAGGCAGGCCUCAUGAUUGAGGAAGUGGAAGGAGACAGUCAAGACGAAGAGGACGACGACAGCGAGGAGAAUGACAGCGAGCCCGAGAGUCUUUUGGACGAAGAGGCCGAGGAAGCCGCUGCUGCCAAGGAAGCCGCUGCUGCCAAAGAAGCUGCGGAAGCUGCUGCCAAGGAAGCCGCUGCUGCCAAGGAAGCUGCUGCUGCCAAAGAAGCUGCGGAAGCUGCUGCCAAGGAGGCUACAGCCAAGAAAGCUGCUACCACGUCCAAGGACAAGAAGAAAAAGUCAACUGAGGUGAUCAAGGAAGUACCCAAAAAGAAGUCUGAGAACGCCAAGACUGAGAACGUCAAGACCGAGAACGCAAAGACCGAGAAGAGCAAGACUGACUCAGAAAAGAGCAAGACUGACUCAGAAAAGAGCAAGAAGGGCGAGGUGGCAGCAGAUACAAAGUUGGGUGUGAAGAAGCACUUGGGUCAGGGUUUGUCGUACCAGGUCUUGACGGCUGGGUCCGGCUCCAUGCUGACGGUUGGCAAGCGGGUGGUAGUCAAGUACGUCGGUACCCUCGCGUCGAACGGGAAGAAGUUUGACGCCGGUCUGCUGAAGUUUGUGGUAGGCAACGGCGACGUUAUUAAGGGGUUCGACAAGGGUGUAAUCGGAAUGUUGCCUAAUGAAAAACGCCGUCUUCUUAUCCCCUCCAAGCUCGCUUAUGGCAACCAACGCGUCGACCGCAUCCCUCCCAACAGCGAUCUGGUCUUCGACAUUACCCUCUUAGAGAUCCGCAAAUAA